AUGGCUCCCCCAUGGAGCUCGGUGCGCAUCGCCGCCUCCGGGCUGGCCAUGUUGGCAUCGUGGACCUCGACUGCGAAUGCCGUCGACAUGACGGCUGCCGACUACUUUGUCCACUCGUUGCCUGGCGCUCCGGCUGGUCCGCUGGUCAAGAUGCAUGCUGGACACGUAGAGGUCACCCCAGCAGGCAGCGGCAACGGCAACCUGUUCUUCUGGCAUUUCGAGAAUCAGCACAUCGCCGACCGACAACGCACCGUCAUCUGGCUCAACGGUGGCCCCGGCUGCAGCUCCGAGGAUGGUGCGUUGAUGGAGAUUGGCCCCUACCGAUUGAAGGACGAGAAUAAUCUCGAGUACAACAAUGGCUCGUGGCAUGAGUUUGCGAACCUUCUAUUCGUCGACAACCCCGUCGGCACCGGCUUCAGCUACGUCGACACCAACAAGUACGUCUCGGAGCUCGACGAGAUGGCCAACCAGUUCACUACGUUCCUCGAGAAGUGGUUCAAGCUCUUCCCUCAGUAUGAGCAUGACGACAUCUACAUCGCGGGCGAGUCCUUUGCUGGCCAGCACAUUCCCUACAUCGCCAAGGCUAUUCUCGAGCGCAACAAGCAGCCCGCCACCAAACACACCUGGAACUUGAAGGGUCUCUUGAUUGGAAACGGCUGGAUAUCUCCCCCGGAGCAGUACGACGCCUACUUGCAAUUUGCUUACGAGAAGGGUUUGGUGAAGAAGGGCUCCACCGAGGGCAACAAAAUCGAGGCCCAGAAAGCUGUCUGCCACCAGAAGAUUGCCGCCUCCGCCAAGGACGCCGUCGAUGUCUCGGAUUGUGAAGAGAUUCUGCAAGAGAUCCUUCGGUUGACUGCUGAAACCCUUCCCAAAGAUUCCAGGGGCAAGAACCAGUGUGUAAACAUGUACGACGUUCGCCUGACCGACACCUACCCGAGCUGUGGAAUGAACUGGCCUCCGGACUUGACAAGUGUUACUCCGUACCUCCGCAAGAGCGAAGUCACUGCAGCCUUGCACAUCAACUCGGCAAAGAGCACAGGCUGGCAGGAGUGCAACGGUGCUGUAGGCGCUGCAUUCAAGGCACAGAACUCUGUGCCUUCAGUUCGCCUGCUACCCGAUAUCCUGAAAGAAGUCGACGUGCUGCUCUUCUCGGGAGCUGAGGAUCUCAUUUGCAACCACCUUGGCACUGAAGCCUUCAUCAGCAACAUGCAGUGGAAUGGCGGCAAGGGAUUUGAGGUUUCUCCCGGCAACUGGGCUCCGCGCCAGGACUGGACCUUUGAGGGCGAGUCUGCUGGUUUCUGGCAGCAGGCCAGAAACCUGACCUACGUGCUAUUCUACAACUCGUCCCACAUGGUGCCAUUUGACUAUCCUCGCCGCACUCGGGACAUGCUCGACAGGUUCCUGGGCGUGGAUAUUAGCGGCAUCGGUGGUGUACCGGGCCAGAGUCUGCUUGACGGCGAGAAGCUCCCAGAUACCACCGUUGGAGGUGCUACCAACAACACGGCAUCCGACCAGGCCCAAAAGGACAAGGCGCUCGAAGACGCCAAAUGGGCUGCGUAUCAGAAGUCUGGAGAACUUGUCUUGGCCAUCGUGGCUAUUGGGGCUGCCGUCUGGGGCUUCUGCAUGUGGAGAAGCCGGAGACGUACUCAGGGCUACCAAGGACUAGCAGCAGCUGCCGAGAGAGUUCGCGGCAACACCGGCCUCGAGAGCUUCCGCAACAAGAGGUCGGGCCGUGAUGUGGAGGCAGGCGACUUCGACGAGAGCGAGCUGGACGACCUCAACGUGGCAACGCCUACAGAAAUGAACAAGGAGCGGUACAGCAUCGGCGAUGACAGUGACGAGGAGCACCCCAGCGAGAAGCGCAAAGAGGGUCAGUCAAGCUCACACUAG